AUGAGUCAGCAUUCGUGUUUGCAGCCGAAUGUCGGUCAAGCCGCGCAGCUGAUGAGGAAGCGGAGAGCGCCGAAGGAUGAACCGGGUGUGGACAACGGAGGGAUGGGUUGGCGAUCCUCUUCCCCGGAGAGGGACGUAAACUUUGACAAAAACUCCCUUCCAGGUCCCCAGACACCGAAGCACCUCGGGGUGGACAUCCUGAAGCUGGUGGCGGCCCAGGUGGGCACCCAGUGGAUCGACAUCUACCAGUCCCUGGCCAACGCCACGGAGCGCGAGGUGGCCGCCUUCUCCAACGGCUACUCGUCGGACCACGAGCGGGCGUACGCCGCGCUGCAGCACUGGACCAUCCGGGACAGCGACGCCAACCUGGCCAAGCUCAUCAACGCCCUGCACCGGCAGCGCCGCAUCGACGUGGUGGAGAAGAUCCGCUACGUCAUGGAGGACAACCCGCAGUUUGACAUCAACCAGCUGAUGACCUCAGUGAAUGUAAGCCAUAGCCUCAGCCCCAUCCACAAGCCGCUGGAUUCCCCCGUCAGCGUGGGCAGCAGCAGCGGCGGCAGCAGCAACGGGAGCGUGGGCCGAGCCGCGGGGCCGGCCAUGGAGCAGUCGCCGCUGGACCGAACCAAGGGCUUCUUCCCCGACGAAUCCGAGCCCCUCCUCCGCUGCGACUCCACCUCCAGCAAAGACUCCGCCCUCAGCAGGAACGGCUCCUUCAUUACCAAAGAAAAGAAAGACACGGUGCUCCGGCAGGUGCGUCUGGACCCGUGCGACCUGCAGCCCAUCUUUGACGACAUGCUGCACAUCCUGAACCCGGAAGAGCUGCACAUCCUGGAGGAGAUCCCGGCCCCCGAGGACAAGCUGGACCGACUGUUCGAGAUCGCCGGGGUGAAGAGUCAGGAAGCCAGCCAGACGCUGCUGGACUCGGUCUACAGCCACCUCCCCGACCUGUUGUAGUAGAGGAACCGGGAAGAAAUUCAAAAAAAAGGAAUGUAGAAGUCGGACGGAUGGGUAACUUUGAUGAGGUCUUGUUGAGAUCGAGAUUGUAUGCGAUAGCGUUUGACUCGUCAUGCUACUACGUAACAUGAUUCCAGCUGGUUGUAUUUACUUUAUAUCUACUCCGAGGGGAUGAGUCUGUCGAAUCUUAACUGCUACUUUACACCUUCUUCUCUCGUCUUGUGUCCACUCCUUCGAACCAUCCCAUCCUCUACCACGUUACAAGCUCAACACUCAGCGUAACUAAAGUACUGUGACCUUAAGCUUGAGGCUCAAACUAAUUUAGAAAAGUUGGGGUUAAAAAAAAGGAGAUGAGGACGCAUCGUCUCCACACGAAUAGCACUUUAUGUAUCCUAACGGGCCAAUGCCUUUGUUGUUUUGAAGGAUAAUACCGGUGUUUUUUUGUUGUUUGUGCCAAUCGUUCAGGCUUCCCUCGCCGUCGACGUGGUUUCAGAAAUACGUGGUUGCAUGAGAGGAAACGACACUAAAGACGGUGGUAAAUAAGCUAUAACUCUAAAUGACACUGGUAUUAUUCUUUGAUUUUAAGACAUUCUCAGACGUGCUUGCCCAGGUGUGGACUGAUCCAGAAGUCAUGUGCCUGAACUCGUUUUUUUUCUUGUUUUUUUUUUUUUUUUUCCCUUUCCGCCUGAACCCGAGUUAGCUGUAAUCACCAGCGGGUGGUGUCACAAUCAUCCAGGACUGGACGGAUACUUAGCUCGUAUGAUUUUACGAUGAAAGGCUUUGCUUUAAACUGUUUUUUUGACUCGAGUGAGAACGUAACCGGCUACCGCGCACAGAUAGCUUAUUUGCCUCAACAGAUGUAGCGUUGAUGAAGUGUUUCCUCGUACAUUUUGGAGCUUGGCGUUGGUUGAGCUGACGGCUGCGACGGCCCCCGUGUGGCCGCCUGAGGAACUGCCGCAUCCUGGUGGAAACCGGAUUAAUGAUGCACUAAUUCUGUUUCCUGUUGGAGAGAUAAAUGCUACUUUUUUUUUAUUUCUUUCUUUUUCUUACCCUGAAAUGCUGUUAACAAACUUUUGGUUAGGUUGUAGCGUUUUUUUUCCAUAUUUAGUUGGUUGUAUUAUGUUACCGUUGCAACUGUUUUUCCGUCAUGGGCAUUCAGAUUUCCUUUAACCCCGCUGGAACCCGGUCGGGAUGUAAGAUAUGCAGACUCCAUACUCUACUUGAAGUGUGUUACUUGAUUUAAACGAGCAAGAUAAUGUAGUCGAUCACUACCUUCCACAUUCAGCUUUCUGAAAAGAAUUUAAAAAAACACACAAAAAAAACAUGAAAACCACCAAAAAAAACGUCCAGGAUGCAGGGAGAGGAGUUUCACGGCGAGAGCAGCUAAUGGCGACCUCCUCCCCGGGUCGGCCGGUGUCGGGAGUUGCUCCGGUGCUGGACGUGUCUCACCGGUCGGCCCGACUCUAACGAGGUCAGAACCAGGACUGAUGGUUCCAGUGAAGGUGGUGCUGCCGACGGCGGCGACGUCGACGAGGACGUGGGAACUUCCUCUCCGCUGCAUCACGGACACUCGGGCUGCAGGAUGUCAGGUUUUUAUUUUGUGCAAGGAUCAGGGUAAGAUGUUAAAUGCACAUGUUGCUUGAGUGGAUGAUUUCAUGAAAUUUCACACAUGUAACCAGUAUGUUUACUAUGUAACCUCUUAAAAAUCAUCAAA